CUACACGGUGUCACGCCGUCUUAGUCGUGUCGGCUUUGGUUCCAUACCCAACACGUGGAAGGAUCAGCCUAGGGUCGACAACCUCCUGCGGCGAACUUCUCCGGCGCCUUGAACUCUCCUUCCGGCACCUCUGCCUCCCUCUCCUCCGUUCACUUCCGUCUCUGUGGCUCCUCCACCCAUCCUCAUCGCCGGCGACUAUCUCCUCCGGCUUCAUCAAGAGAAGUUCAAUAUGGCUACCCUUAGAAAUCUGAAAAUCAAGGCAGCUACCUGCAAGCGCGUUCUUAAGGAGCUUCAUUCUUACGAGAAAGAGGUUGAGAAAGAAGCUGCAAAAACUGCAGACAUGAAGGAGAAAUGUGCUGACCCUUAUGAUCUUAAGCAGCAGGAGAAUGUGUUGGCAGAGUCAAGGAUGAUGGUUCCUGAUUGCCACAAACGACUGGAAGCUGCACUUGCAGACUUAAAAGGAAUAUUGGCUGAGUUGAAGGAGUCGAACCAGCAAGGCAUUGAAAUUGAGGAAGCUGAUAAUAUCAUUACAGAAGUUGAGGCAUUAUUUCAAACAGCAGAGGAUUAGAAGUUAAAAAUGAAAUGAAAAUGUUGUGAUAUUUGAUGUUCUGGUAUAUGGGCUGCUCCAUAUAUACUGAAAGCUUUUUAAUGAAUGCUGGUCAUGUCGGCUGCUGGAUCUUUGUAGUUAUCCAAUUUUACCAGGAAUAUGUUAGUAACUUCCUUUUGAAAUCUUUUUAUGUUAGUUUGACAUUAUCUGAAAUUAUUUUUGCCCUCCUA